AGGCGCCGGAGCAGAGCAUGCCAGGACAAACGGACGGACGUGGCCCGACGGACGAACGUACCUUACUGAGAAAGGACUCCCCUGGUCUUUGUAAAAGCCAGUUCCUCGCGAGACACUGUUUGACGGACAACGAGUUGGGAUUGUGUUUAAAAAGUUUAUCGUCGACGAGGACUACAAACCGAAUUUUUACUCCAGGUAUAUGGAGAAAUGUUUCACCAGGCGUGAGGACAUUCUCGAAUCUAAACGGCGUAAACUUUAAUUGUGUAACGAACGAACUUAAAAUGGCCUCGCAAGAAACUGCUAACACCGCGGCCGAGUCUGCCACGGACCGCAAAGAAAAUAUGGUAAAGUCAAACGCAACAUUACCACCCGGCUUUCGGGCGCGACCGCAAGGUCCACCUGGAUCACCAAGAAACCCCCUAAAUAAUGGCCCUAUAGGACAACCACGGCCAGGAGGACAGCCGCCGCCGCACAUCCGUUUCGACAGUCGUGCUCCACUCAGACCUUCCGGCCCCGGUCAAAUAAUACAACUGAGACCAUACGGACAGCCAAGGCCGCCGGGGAACCAAUUGUCUCAAAAACUACCUCAGCAGGCUCAAAAUCCGCCUAUCGUGUUGAAUCCACGUUUCGCCCCGUCUCCGAUCAAUAAUAGGACCGGUCCGCAACAAAGACCUAGAUUGCCGCAACCUGGCAAUUUUCAAGGUCAACAAUAUCAAAGAAACGCGCAGCAACCCCUGCAACCGGGUUUCGAGCAUUCGCCGCCGCCGCCGCAGACACGGAACCCGGACAUUCUUGCUCGACCGCAAGAAAUCGCGCAGAGGCAACUGCAACGAAAUGAAUCGUUGUUGAGCUUCCCGCCAAGUCCGUUGACCCAGAAAGAAAACCGAAAACCCCCGGUUCCGCGAAUAGUGGUCGAAAGGAUGGCCGAUGUCGAUAACGCCAGGAAGCUGCAGCAGAUCGAGAAUUCCGUCCCGAAGGAAAAGAUCCGCGAAACCACGGAGAACGAUGAUGACGACGACGUCGUUGUGGACGGCAAGAAGUCGCCUCGUCCAGACUCUUCGAAUGAAUCGGUGGAAUCCAGGGCGGGGAACAAAGAGACUACACAAUCGCCGAGGAGACCGGAAACUGCUACGAUAAAUGGGAAAAUGGACGUGAAACCCAAAAUCGAGGAUGUAGAAGAACUUCGUGGCAAAACGGACGCAAAAAUCAUGGAUAAUGUCAUAGAAAAAAUGAACGAUAAAAUGGAUUCCAAGCCCAAAGAUAAGAUUACAGAGGAAAUUAACGAUAAAGUGGACACAAAAAUGAAAGACAAGACUGCAGAAGAAUUAAGCGAUAAACAUAUAAACAAUAUUGCUGCAAGUGCUAAACCUGACGUGUUGGAAAAUGGGACGUGUAAAAUCGAAUCUGCGAAAAACUUCGCUGGAAUUAAAAACGGUUUGUCUUCUCCGAAGCUUGAACCACGCGCAGAGAGUUCUGAUAAGCAAGACAAAGCGGAAGACAAAGGGGAGCAGAAGGAAUCGGCACAUAAAACGAUCGAAAAUGAAAAUAUUAACGAGAAGGUGGAUGCGGGAAAAGAACUUCGAUCGGAAGAGGAAAAGAGAAUAGCUUCUCCAAUGCCUGAGGUUAAAGACGUUAAAGCAAGCGAGUCAGCUGCGAAGUCCUCGAACGAAGACAAACAGAACGAGCAGGAAUUAAAUACAAAAUCCCCAGAUAAAUCCGUAGCGCCUACGCCAAUUGAUGCGAACCAGAAUCAGAAAGAGCAACAGCUGAAGACACCCUCCAAGUCUCCAGACAAAUCUCGAUCUAGUACGCCGACCGAAUCGACCGAGAAACAGAAAGAUGAAUUAAAGACACCAUCUAAGUCGGCGGACACUUCUCGCUCGACUACGCCAAUGAACAACAAUCAGGUGGGACAGUUGAAGACACCUUCGAAAUCCCCAGAGAAAUCGCGCGCGAGUACACCGGCCGAUGUGAAACCAAGCGAAAACGAAGAGGAAUCGAAAGAAUUGAAUAAAACACCGGUUAAGUCCCAGGCUUCCACACCAGCGGAAGCCAAUGAAGUUAAAGGCGCCUCUGAAUCCAAAUCAAACGAGAGUAAACCAGCAGAAGCGAGCGACGAUAAAAAAGCGCAAGAACCGAAGACAAUGGAUGAAAGUGUAGAUAAAAAAGUGGAACACGCAUUGGAAGAAAAGUCUCAACGGGAAGAAGAACCUAAAGCUUCCAUGCAAAUGUCUGAAAAGUCAGAGGAACAUUUAAAUGAAAAACAAUCGAGAGAUUCUGCGGUGGGUGCUUCCGAAGAGUCCAGCAAAACAACAGAAGAAAGUGAGAAAGAAAGCGUUAGGAAACCGGUACAAGAUAAUUUAGAACCGAAAACAAUUAGCCCCAGUGCAAGUUCCUCUCCUGCAAAAGAAACAAGCCCCAGUGCAAGUCCUGCUUCCGUGGAAGCAGCAAGUCCGAGUGCAAGUGCCACUUCUAUAAGAGAAGCAAGUCCAAGUUCCGCUUCUACGAAAGAAGCGAAAACGUCUCCGACGCCGUCCGAGAGCCAAGGAAAAUUGUUGGCAACAGAAUCGAUCUUGUCCACCCCGAAAUCGCCUGAAGAGAGCGUUAAAGGAUUCGACAACGGUCAAAGAAGAUCGUUAUCGCCGAAAUCACCGGCGUUGUCCAGUCCUCAGUCGCCGCUUUCCCCUAAGUCACCAACCAUCAGUGAGAAAUCCGUGGUGCACGAAAAGAAAAAAGCUACUUUCGUUGAAAGUUCGGAUGAGAAAGAAGUAAACGACGAGAAAAAGACCCGAUCGAAACCGUCCACGCCGAGAAUUCAACGAGCACCCACGCCUGCUCACGUAGAUGAGAAAUCGGGAAAGAAGACUGUAACAGCAACGACAGGUAUUGAAAAUGGCAAUGCAAUGGAAGACUCGUCGCAACCUAAUGCGAUACCAGCAACAAAUGGAGUGGAAGAUUCGCCAACGAAAAAGUCACCCUCCAAAUCCAAGGAUGCGGAUAAAAGAUCGACAGCUGGGUCGCCCGUAAAGUCACCGAAUAAAUCGAUUAAAUCAUUACCACGGACGCCAGAAACACCAUCAUCGACAGCUGGUCAGGAGAAAAAGAAAGUGCCCAUGAACAAAGUUCAAGUGGGCGCAGCACCAUCUCCGAAUUUGAAGACAGUACGAUCGAAAAUCGGCUCGUUGGAGAAUACUAGCUACAAGCCAGGUGGUGGUAACGUGAAAAUAGAAAAUAGAAAGCUCGAUUUCAGCAAGGCACAACCGAAGAUCGCCGCGAAAAACGAGAAAUACACACCUAGCGGAGGCGAUAAGAAGAUCUCUCAAGUCAAACUCCAAUGGAAUGCAAAAUCAAAAGUCGGAUCAUUGGAGAACGCAACACACAAACCUGGCGGUGGCGAUAAGAAAAUAGAAACAGUGAAGCUCGACUUUAAGGACAAAGCGAAGUCAAAAGUUGGUUCCAAAGAUAACGCUAAACACGUGCCUGGAGGCGGUAACAUCAAAUCAUCGGCAACGCCUCCUAAGACGCCACAGGAUACAAGCAAUGACAUUCAAACACAAAAAAUUGAUAUCAAGGCUGAGAGCAAAAUUGGAUCUAUGGACAACGUGAAACAUAGACCAGGCGGCGGCGAUAAAAAGAUUUUCAACGACAGGGAUUAUCUUCGACAAAGUGGCUCGAACGUGGAAAGCCUCUGCGCCAGUGGAUCACAGAGCCCCGUGCCCCCUGGCACGAUCACCGCCGUCAAGAACAAUCUGCCUACUUCGGACGAGAACCUCAAUCAAGAAUGCUAGAUCACGAAAAUAAAAAACACACACACACGACCGCUAAACUCGCUUCUCGUGUCAUUUGCGUCUAAUUAAUCACCCAUAUUUUUCUACCCCGAUGGUUGGAUCAAAGGGCUGCGUUCGUCCCGCGUUCGAAGGGUCGAAACGAUAUACGUAUGAGGACGAACAAGCGAUCGAGUUAAUUUCUUCAAUCCAACAUCGCGAAACGAACAUUGUACCGCUGCUAAAAGUUAGGUACAAUGCGAGCAAGUUUAUGAUCCUUAAACACCGCCGCUGUUUCGAAAGAAUCACGACUGCAACAAUUUUUCCGUGCCAUAACGAAAAAAAAGAGAGAAGAAAAGAGAGAGAGAGAGAGAGAAACUUUUCUACAUGAUGUUGUGAUUUUAAUCGACAGAGAAAAGCGCUGUGAGGGGCGGAAGGGGUGUCUUCUUCCUCGUACGUGCGCGCCCUUCCGAUCGAUAAACGUGUACGUACGAUGUACACGUGUGGUACGUGACUAGCGUGAUACGGCAACCAUCUAUAUACGUACAUACGUGACAACCAGUCGUUUCUUCGUCACACGAAAAUAUCUGACGCAUUUAUUCACUAAGUAUUCGUCAUUGCAUCGUUGAUUUGCAAUCAUUCGUUUCUCGACACACAUUGUGUUGGCCGUUCGCCAAAGAACGAAGUGAACGUUUUAGGAAAGGAAAUCUAAAACAUUAACCCUCGUCCGCCCCUUGUACUAAUUUGACACUGUGCGGUGUAUACGAUAUAAAAGACCGCUGCACAUUGAUUCAUUUAUAACCGAAUGCACAGAAAUUUCAAUUUUUUCGAUUUUGAAUAAAGGAAUUUAUCAAUUUCGCUAUUUAUUUAUUUUCAAUGAGAGAAUUUGUCAAUUUUAUUGCUUAUUUAUUUUUAAUAAUAGAAUUGGGAGAACGGACUUCUCAAUUUCACUUUAUCUUUCCGUGUAUUGAUUUUUUACCGUUGCGUUAAUUGGUCAGCGAAGGGUAAAUUAAGUAGGAAAAAUGAAAGAUGGAUGAGGGUUAAUUGAACGUUGUUGGAAUGAGAGGGGACAGCUUGCGAUGCUUUUCAGAUUGCAAAAAUGAUAACUUUUCGUACAAACGAGCAAUACUAUUCAUCUCAUUGUAGAGAACUUGACACAGUUGUUGCACUCAAGACUGCAAAUCACUAAUUACUAAGCCACUGCGGAUCUUUAUGCAUUUUGAAACCGAUGAAAACCGAAAAAAAUCAGUAAUGCUUUUAACAUUCAAACUAUUAUUUCGAUUAACUUAAUAUACCGAAAGAAUUAACUUGAGAGGUGACAUUUCAUUUCAUUUCGAAUUCCCCAAAGUUUCUCUAUAAAAAUGUAAAUUUGCAUAAACAUCCGCAGUUAACUAAUUACACACGUGGUUCUAUAAAUUUUUAUAAAGCUUUCACUUUGUUAUAAAACUACGUACCUUGACAACAGGAAAAUAUUUAUAAUAAGGUCACGACACCUUUACUUACAGUUUAAUGUAACGCGACAUGAACAUUGCAUUUACAAGGCCCAUUCUUUCCAAUGACAUUUUUCCGAUCUGAAAAGGAAACGCGAUAACGUGAUACGCUUAGAUAUUAGGGAAAAGCAAAUUCUUAUUUCUCAUGAUGGUCUGGAAACGAUCGCGUCCCUACAAGACAAACAUAAGACACGUAACGUAACUUGCGAAUCGCAUAACAACACGAACUCAAUGUUCAAAACGAUUAGUAACGUGACUCAUAGCCCGAGGGUAGGUGUAUUUUUGUUAAUAUUAUGUAAUAAUAGAAAGAAAUUUCGAUGCUAUUUCCGACAUGCCAAUAAUACAAAGCUUUGUGUGUGCUGUAACAAUAAAACCAAAAUAUAAUGCUAAAUAACGAACAACUUUGAAAGCAAUAGAGAACGAUGCGACCAUUUGCGUAUUAACCAGACUGCAGAUUUUUAUGUGUUUAUAAUGGUAUAAAGGUCGUCUAAAGGGUACUCGUUCUGGACUAGAGAAAUGAAAAUAUAUUUAAAAAUCCGCAGUCUAAUAUAACGACAAUUACAUUAAAUUUCCGCUUUUUUAUGACACAUUCGCACACACUUUUAGCGUGCACGUAACACGUAAAGAAUGUACUUUAUUUAAAUGACGAUAUACUUUACUCUUAAUGAACGAAUGAGGGACAGAAUAAUCUGUAGCACGGUACCAGUUAUUUACGGUAUAAUAAAUAUAACAUUUUGUCGUCUGAGUAAACAGUCUUGUAGUUCUAAUUGAACGUGCAAGGUAGCGAGUGCUCAAUAUAUAGCGAACUCCUAAAAUCAUCCGUCUUAAAGUGAUUUUAUUUCACACUGUUAUCUUUAUUCUAGACACUUUAAAAUUAUUCAGAUAGCACGUAUGGCAAAUGUAAAUAUUUUUUACAAUCAUUGAGCCAUAAAUACAUAUGAUAAUAUUAUAAAUUCAAUUAUAUUGAAUUACAAAGAAUUUAUUUAUUUAUUUUUAUUAUUUAAAUUACGAAAGAUUUUGCUUUUUUUGUUUCUUUUUUUCUUUUAAUUAAAUUGAUUCCUGUGUAGAUCAAAGCUGCAUUUCAAUGAAAAUGGUACUGCAAUGUACCUUCAGGGUAUACAGGGUUAUAGAUACUGAUUUUUGAAUGUUAAACCACGUUUCAAGAAUUCAGCUCCGAGAUCUUCCGAGUUCAAAUUUUUAUAAGAAAGUUCAUUGUGAGACGUGAAUAAAUUUUAUGGAUUCGCUAUAUCUCUUGUCUACUAAUUUGCGCGACAAAUGUUCUAGAUUUACUGUCGCAAAUAAGAAAGAUGAUAUUAACUGAGUGGUUUAAAGACAAUUUAUACUAAACUUGAAGGAUGAGUUAUGGAUAUUACGUUUGAACGACUAGAAAAUUGCGGAGAAUUUAAACACUGUAUGUGCAAUGAUCACUAGAUUAUGCAUUGUAGCACAAUGGAUUUUAUGCAUUUAUAGUAUACCCAGUGAUCUAAGAUUUCGUGGAAAUUUUAUGUGGAACAACUUUCAUUUUAUUUAUUUAAAAAAGAUUUUAUUUACAUCCCCAUCAAAGCAUCACUGAGUCGAAAGAUUUUUGUAGUUUAGUUCAUAAGAGUCUAUAUUUGCAUAAAUAUCCGCAGUCUAAUGAUCACUCACCUACUCGCCUACUUCCGGGUUAAAGCCAGAUACUUCGUGUUUAGAAUAGUUGAGAUUGUAGAGGACACAUUGUAUAUGGUGAUGCAUACAUUUUUCGGCUAUAAUUGUGCAAGUGCUGCUCUUGCCCUGCUAAUUGUAAGUAUAUUCUGACUUUAGUCACACAAAUGAGCAUAUAAAGAAGUAUGAAUUAACAAUUGCGAAUGACGAUGAUAUUAUUCUAUCGGAAAAUGAUAGAUUAUGAACAGACUGCGGACUUUUGUGCAGAAUCACAGUUUUCCGACGAAAUUUCAAGAAACAGAAGUUAGAGGGAAAUUAAUUUCUACUUGGAAUUCUCAUUUUUGAAGUUUUUACUGUUUUACAUUUCACACGCUUCCGUUUGUCGUAAACGCAGAAAAUUCGCAGCCGAAUUACAAAACGCGCGUUGUCGUUUAAAACGAAACAAAUUGAUUAUUAUUGUGCAUCACUGUUAAUCAAAAGCAUGUGCGGAGUAUACGAUAAUAGAGCAAACUGUACGAUUAAGUUCAAGGUGUGUAGUGGAUAAAAACGUAACGAUUGUGAUUGUAUAUUCGAGAAGGAGUUUCCAAUAAAACUAUGUUUUAUCUUCUAAAUAUUUUCUCGAGGAAGAAACGCUGUUCUUAUGUACGCUCCGUACAUGAUACAAUACGCUUGGACGAUUCUUACAUUCCUUGUUACUUGUCAUUUCCGACUGCGGAUUUUUAUGCAUUUACAACUUACGAAGAUCCUUAAAAAGAAAAAGAAGUAAAAAAGUGUUUCAUUUUCUUACAUGAUUUUUAAUCUAUGAAAAUAUAAUCCUAUUUUAUUUGAAUAUUACAAUUACUGACGCAAGUGUAAUGGUUACAAUAAUUAAUAUUGACUAUAAUAGAAUUUUAUAUAAAAAUCCGUAAUCUACAUAUUUAUCUGCGGAUUUUUAUGCACUUAUAACUCGUAAAGAUUAUUACGAAAACAUAAUACAUUUUUGUGAAAUGGAUUAAUUAUAGUCCAAGUGACUUUCAAAUUAUUGAAGAUAUUAGGUUUUAGUUUACCUAUGGUUAUCUAUAUAUCUAUGUAUAAAUUUCCAUAAACAUCCGCAGUCUAUUCAUUAUAUUUGUUUAAAUAGCUUGCUUUAAUUCUCAGACUAUCAAAGGCAAAAUUGAAUUUAUUUUUUAUCUGUGACUAUCAUUCAUAGUGAUUAUUAUUUGUGAUACUCACUUGAUAUUGAAAAUUUGAAAGUCCAAUAUGUUGUGUAGACUUAUAAUUACUAGUACCGAUUUUAAAAUGAAAUAUGUAACUGUUCAUAAUUAUUAUAAUACUCUGAGAAUUAAUAGUAAGGGUAUACUCACCUAAUGGCAAAUACGAUAAUCUAUAAUCAAGUCUAAUGAUAAAUGAAUACAAAAAGUUCCCUGUAGGGACGAUGUUGAUUAAAAGAGUUGUAACAUAUGCAAUUAUCUGUUUUAAUGUUCCAUAUUCUUUGCACAAUGUAUGCAUAAAAACAUUCUUUGGAGGUGAUGCAAUUAUUAAUAUUAAGUUUAAUGUCGAUUAAUAUUUCGUUACUUUCAAGAUUCAACCUAAGAAAGUAUUAAGAAAUAUUUCAGCCAUUUUACAAGUUUAACCCUUGAUAGGGUUAGUUUACAUUGUUAAUUAACAACUAACAAGGAAAGUUCGAUAACCCGGCAAUUCAGAAACUUACGAAACUUUGUAUGUAAGUAGAGUAAGUCAAGGCUUAUACAUAUUUCACUUUGAAGGAGUUAACUUUCACGUUUCAAUUUUGCAAUUUUAUAUACGCGAAGGAACAGUGUAUUAUUCGUUUAAACUUGUUUUCAUCAUAAAAGAAAAAUUUACUUUUUUUUUAAGGGGCGGUUUUACCCCUUCAAAGUAAAAUUCGGCACGAAAAAAAUCUCACAAUAUAUAAACCUUGACCCACUCUACUUACAGACAAAGUUCCAUAAGUUUUUGGAUUUCUAGGUUCGAUAACUUCCCUUGUAAGGAACGUUAAUUGACCAUUUUUAUCUAUACAUUUCUGUUUGUUCAAGCUAUCAAUUCCAUUAAUAUCUAAGGUAACUAACAAAAAUAAAUUGUUCCUUUUUCAUUACGAAAUUAAAUUUAGAAAUUAAAUAUUAAAUGUGUUUGGAAUUAUCGGGACUGAGCUGAAUCUUUUGGUGUUCUAACACACUAAUUCGUAGACUGCGGAAGUUUAUACAAAAUUGCACUUUUACAACUAAGUACCGAAAAUAUAAAAUAAAAUGGAAUAUUAUUUCUGAUAUAUUAAUACAUUGAUUAGAUUAAUAACAACAUAAAAAGAACUAAAAUUUUAUUCAAACUUUUAUUUUAUUGUUUUUUUUUCUUAAUUUUUGUAAGCUAUAAAUACGUAAACACUUGUAGCCUAAUAAUCAGUAAACAGGUCUUUAUGAAUUUAUAGCAUGAGCAAAUUUGUAAAAUACAAUAAAACGUGUAUAUUAACAAAAAUCAGCAGAAAUUAUUUCCUUAUUCUAAUUUUUAUAAAUUUGCAUAAAGAUCCGUAGUUUACUAAUUAAAAAAAUAAUAGUUCAGUGAAUGUAAAAUUCACAGAUAAUUUGUCAUACUUAUACUUCGUAACACAAUUUGAAAAUAAAACAGAUAAAUAUAUACAAAACAGAAGAAAGGUCACCAGAAAUGCUAUAAUAAUUUCUAGUCAUUUGAGAUAAUUCAACAAACUUGAAAUUAAUAAAUUACUUUUCCUACUCGUUGUUAAAAUUUUUUAACUGCGUAUAUCCGAAACGCGAAGAUUUAUAGAAGCGCAAUUCGGAGUGAAUUAAAGUAAUAUAGUGAACAUUGUACGAUGAUACACUUCGACAUUGCAUGGUUUAUAUUAGUACAGACAUUGAUUCGAUAAAAUACAAGAAUUAUUUGUCGAAUAAACACGAAAACGAAGAACUAUUGAGAAAUGAAAUGGAAUUUGAAUGACAAGUUACCUUGUCAUUCCCAGCGAAAGGGUUUUUAAGUUUAAUUAAAAGAAUUAUAUUGGAUAAAAUAUAAUGCGCAAUCUGUAGUAAAGAAACGCUAAUAGAAUUAAAAUGGAUUACUAUUACUAAGAACAAAACUGUGCUUAUUUCAACGGCUAUUUCAUAUGUUACAACACAUGUAUUCCAAUUUGUCAGUCGUUUUCCAUAAUUAAAAUUUAAUAAAUGGAGCAUUGUUAACAUAAGCUUUAAGAGAUUACAUAUACCUAGUUACAAAUAUAAUGUUAUAUUUCAGAAUGAUUUACAAGUAUAAAGUUAGAUUUUAUUGAGCAAUUAUUAUUACAAGUAGAAAUUUUAUAAUUUUAAUAGUAAUUUUUGAGAAUAUCGUUGGAAAGUUUUUGGAAAUAGUAGGAACGAAGUGAUUUAUAUGAAAUAAGAUUUUAAAAUUGACUUUUGCAAUGAACCAUAAAUAUAAUAAUUAUUAUUAUUAUUUAUAGAAUAAUUUUUAAUAGUAUCCUACGACAGAUACAGAUGAAACAUUUAAAAUAUCAAAUAAUGUUUACUUUUAAAUAUAUCCAAUGAUUUUCUUUAUGCCUAUAUGCAAUCGUUAUUCUUACAAACAUUUCAAUAAAAUUUUUAAGGAGGAUGCUUCCAAAAUGACAGAUUUACAUAAAUAUAUUUUUGAAACAUUGAUUGAUUUUGUCUGUAUAGGUGUAUGUAAACUCUCGACGCAAUUAAACAGAUGUUACCCGGAUAUAACAGCGAGAAUGUUUCUGAGAAAUAAUUCAUACGCGACACGCAUUGUUGACUUAUUUCAAAAGCGCCGAUUCACGAUGAAUUUAUUUUGUCAUGUGGAUUAUUUACAUGAACUUGGAUCACUAGAGAUCCUAAUUAAACCUCAUUGUCAGAAGAGAAAAAAAA